AUCAACGAACAAAAUCAAUCGAAAGCUGAUUGUAAGCUGUGUCCAUCACAAAAAACACAAAUAACUCGGGGAAAAAAUGCAAAAUUAUAUUCUACAAAACCAUUAUGGAAUCAUAUGAAACAUUUACAUUCAAAAGAGUAUAAAAGCAUAGUCAUUCAAGAUAAAGAUCGAGACGAUGGAGCUUCUGACGAAUCUGACGCUGAAAAUAAAGAUAGAAUUUCUUCGACAUCAAAAGAAGAUUUGCAGCUAACUAUGCAACAAAGUUUAGAGCGAACUAAACUAUGGGAUAUCAACGAUGCCAAAUCAAAAGAAAUAUCUACAAAAAUUUGUGAAAUGAUAGCUCUAGAUGCAGAGCCUUUUAAUAUUGUCGAAAGAAAUGGAUUUAUUCGUCUAAUGAAUCAUUUAUGUCCACGAUAUAAAAUUCCAAGUAGAAAAUACUUUUCGGAUACAAUGAUGCCUAAUAUUUAUGAGAACAUAAAAGAAAAAGUGAAAGAUAAAUUAAAGGAUUCAGCUUAUAUUUCUUUUACAACAGAUAUUUGGACUUCGUCAGUUAAUAAUGAAUCGUUCAUUAGUUUAACUGCUCAUUUCAUAUCUCUAAAGAAUAUAGAACAAGAAAUACAUGCGAUCAGCGUAAAACAUUUUUCCCAAGGUCAUACAGGAUGUAAUAUUGCUGACAUAUUGAAUAACAUUUUACAAGAAUGGAACAUAGAAAAAGAAAAAGUUCACGUAAUUGUUCGAGAUAACGCUGCAAACAUGACUUUAGCUUUAAAUUUAACUCCUGGAACAGGAAUUAGUUGUUUUAUUCAUACUUUGCAAUUGGUUAUACGUGAUGCGCUUUUCCUUCAAAGAAAUAUUGCAGAUGUUAUUGCAAUAAGUCGAAGAAUUGUUACACAUUUCAGUCAUUCAUCUCAUGCUUGUUCAAAAUUAAAAGCAAUACAAGAGCAACUAAAUAUUCCAAAUCACAAACUCAUACAAGACGUUACAACACGAUGGAAUUCAACUUAUUAUAUGCUCUCUCGACUUUAUGAACAGAGACAAGCUAUAUCGACUUAUGCAGUUGAUAAUGAAAUUUCUACGUUAACUUCCACUCACUGGUCUCUGAUUGGAAACAUUGUAUAUGUUUUGAAACCUUUUGAAGAAAUGACGAAAUUAACUAGUGCCGACAAAGAAUGUAUAAGUUACGUGAUACCAGCAGUAACUAUCUUACUGACGUAUCUUUCGAAGAGAAAUCAAGAGAAUAGUGGUGUUGUAAUGUUAAAACAAGAGCUUAAAAAAUCAAUAGAAAAAAGAUUUUUAAACAAAGAUGGUAAAGGACUGGAUAUUCAAAAUAAUAAAUUUUAUGCAAUAGCCACCAUUUUGGAUCCGAGAUUCAAAACUCGUUUUACAAAGAAUGAAAUGGAAAUAAAAGAUUUAAUAAUUGAAGAACUUUUGUCAAUAGCUCAUACGCCUGAAGAAGAAAAAAAGAAGAAAUCUCACAUUGAUAAACCUUCAAACUCGUUGCCCUCGUUCUCGUUGGAUGAUAUUCACAAUGAUAUAUGGAAAUGUUUCGAUGAAAUCAUAAAUUCUUCGAAGUCGGAUACCGAAAGUCCAAAUGCGACUAAUGCGAGUAUUACCGAAGAAAUAGCUGAUGGACAAGUUAAAUUUCAAAGAAAACUUAGUGACAGAUCUAAGAAAAAAAGGCAAAUAUAUCAAACUGAACUUGAGAAAUAUUUAGUAUUACCGCUAACAAAAAGGACAGACAAUCCCAUAUCGUGGUGGAAAAAACAUCAUUCUGAAUUUCCAAAUUUAAAAAAUCUUGUUUUGAAAUAUUUAAGUGCUCCACCUUCUUCAGUAAAUUCAGAAAGACUAGUUAGUUCCGCAGUGAACAUUUACACAGACAAUCGAAAUAAUUACAUCCAGACAAUGUUUGGUUACUGCCAGUAA